UGGAGCCGUGAGGAACUGCUCUAAAAAUGGCUAACUUCAGCUUCAAAAGGCUUUUUCGUUCUUCUGAACAUAACAUCAAGUGUUAUGUUCAAAAGUGUUGCAAAAAUGGAAACUACAAACCUUCGUGAUGUGCCUCUCAAGCGAAAGCAAUAUAACCGCUUUGCUGUUGGGCAAUACAACAAGGCAAGGAAAAGCUUGCAGGAGGAGUUCGCCAGAGAGAAAGCCAGCCUUUCUCAGCUUUCCAAAGAGGUGAAAACACUUCAGCGAAAAGCUCAGAGACUGGAUGAUAAGAAAAAAGGACUGACUGAGAGUCAACAAAAAGAAGUUCACACCCCAGAAGUGACUCGUGUGUGUCCACCAACUGACACCGUCUCACCUAAGACACUACAGCGUAGAUGUAACGAAACAUUUGAAGCUGCCAUGAAGAUUCAUGGAGGAACAAUUUCCAAUAAAAGACCGGCACUUCAUGGUCUCUUCCACACCAUAUCUAAAAAGUGCAAAACCAGUGUUCUAGGUGAUUAUAUAUUAUCUAACAGUAAGGUUACAAAUUAUAUCAUCAAGCAAUGUAAAAAAGAACGGUUGGCAGAAUUUGAAUGUUAAAAAGAUAAUGUAUUACGUAGCAUAGCUACUUACUAUACAUCUGGGGUAAUGGGGAAAAGGAAAUACCAAGCUGUGAGGCUAGCAUCAUCAAUGAAGUCUAGUGAUGCUAAGAGGGGGGGGGGGGGUAAGACAGCUAUCAAGUUUAAGUCAAACUGCCCUACCAAAGCUUCUUACUUAUAAUCCUCUUGUAAAUGAAAUUAAGAAGAUUGAUGUGGGAAAGGUCUAUUCCAUUAAAGAAGAAUUCUCUACAGACAUUGAUGAUGAGAAUAUUAAACUCCCAAGAUCUGAUUAUUAAUUCUCCCCUCUAGCUGCUACACAUUUCCUUGAAAACUGGUUAUAAGAAUUUAGUGUUCAGUCAAGGUAGCAACUUCUACCUGAUAAGUUUGAGUAUUCUCAUUACCUGUUUGCUGGAUAAUGUAUGGAAAUCAGAGGGAGAAGUUACAUGUUAAUCACUACUGGGAAUUAAAGGUUAAGAACUCGUUGAUCAGUUAUUACCUGCAACUGUAGCCUUGUAGGCCAAUCCUACCCCACAGAUUCCGUUAUCAGCUGUUCCAGCUAUGAUACCAGCACAUCUAUUACCAUGACUGAGAGAGAAUCACAAUUGAGAAUAAGAUAUUUGCAGAUGUGCAUGGUAAUACUUUGGUCAAGUUUUUCCCCCAUAAUAGUAAGGUGGUGGUUCACUAUGAUUUAGUGGCAAGAUGAUACAUCACAUGUAGUUUUGACACCAACAAAAUGAAUUUUUUUGAAGAAUAUGGAAUGAACCACCCAACAGCCUCACUCCCAAUUUGAGGAUAUAAGUUUGGAAACAGGGGUGACUUAAAAUAGGCAUAACCUUUGUGCAUGGGUUCAUCUAGGAAUUUUGAUAGAUGAGUUCAAACUAAAAGACACAAUGCUUUUACACUACAUGUAUA